AUGAUAGAUCACCAGGAAGGCUUCAGGUUGCUUCUCAAUUCGUCAAAAUCUUCAUCUUCUGGAGGAAAUGUAAAACAGUCCAAGGCCUACAACCGUGGGUCCCUGUUGGCGUCUAGCUCUUCGAGUACAAAACCUGCAGAAUCGGUACAAGCUGACUUCAAGCCUCGCAAGAUCAAGAAGGCUGUUGAUUCUAAAUAUCGAGACCGAGCCGCGGAGCGUCGAGGAGGAGCGAAUGAAUAUGCAGAAGUCGAGGGCCUCCUCGAAAAGUUCGAGAAGCGUAUGGAGGGCGAGAAAAAAGAGAUAGUUGAGGAACAAAGAAAAUAUUUGGGUGGAGAUGCGACACAUACUGUUCUUGUCAAAGGCCUCGAUUUUGCACUCCUCGAACAACAACGUGCCCGAGAAGAGUCACGAGAAGAUUUAGACGACGACCUUGAAUCCGCGUUCCAAGGGAAACCUGUUGGACCGUCUUCAACGGAAGAGCCUUCCGCCGCCACGCAAACCCAAGGCAAAAAGCGGACCAGGGCGGAACUUCUGGCCGAAUUACGUCAAUCCCGCGAGGCCACUACAGACCAAGGUGUAAAAACAUCAACGAAGGAGGAAGAAAUCGAGGCUCUCGAACGGGCAAAGCAAGCGGGCAAAUUCAAACCUAUGGGAUCGAGUUCAUUCGCGCCGGUUGAGAAGAAGAAGAAAAAGAAAAAGAAGGCCGCUCCGGAGCAGGGACAAUCUCAAGCGAAAGAAACAAAAGCCAGCCCUCCAGAUGCCAAUGAGAGCGUCAUGCCUACUUCGGACACCUCAAGUCAGAAACCGACAACCGCCGCACCUGAUAAGGCUGUAGACCUUGCCCAAGACGUGCAACCAAAGCCACAAUCAAGUCCCGCCGCCCAUACCCCUGCGCCUACAUUGGCCCCACCCGCUCCGGCGGAAGACAUUGAGGAUGCUGAUCCCUUCGGCGACGUAGGCGAUUAUGAACCCGACUACGGCGACGAUAGUGAUACCGAAGCCAAACCCAAAGAUACCCCACAGCCGUCAGCUACCUCUGGCCGGCGCAAUUGGUUCAAUGACCCUGAGCCUGAUCCCGAACCAGCCAGACCUCCCACCCCACCACCCAAGGGUCCAGAAGUAAGCGAACCCGAGCCAGGACCUUCCAGGCCUGGCCGACUGGAAGGCUUAAUGUCCUCCGCCAUGCCAUCGAUCUCAGAUUUCCUUGCUGCAGAUAAAGAAGAGGAGGCCAGAGAGAAAAAGAAAGCUAGAAAGGAGAAAAAUAAGAAAAAGGCGGCAUAG